GUAAACCAUGAGGACAUUGGCAUUUAUUGAAAACUUCAUCAGCACCGUUCCAUUUGCGAUGGGUCAAAGUAUGACAAAACUGAAGAAGGGGCUUGAAGGUCAAAGCAAUUUAAUUUCUAAGUUGAUGAAAAAACAUGAAGCCAACAUUCCUUUUAUCGAAGAUACGAUGGCAACGGAUAUUGAAAAAGUGCUGGAAACGAAUCAAAAGCUUCAAUUAGCUUUUGCUGAGUUGGAUGAGCAAAGCGAGAAAAUCAAUAGUCUGGAAACACAACAACACAAACUUGUGGCAGAGCUUUCAAAAAUGGAGAUUGAACGUUCAAAUUCUGCCAUUGAGAUUAUGAAAAAGGAUAAACAAUUGAGGACGACUGAAGAACAAUUGAUAAUGAUGGCUAACUUGGGAGAGGAGCUUGGAAACGACGCGAAACGAUAUAGGAGUGAAUUGGAAUCUGCUCACGAAGAGCUCUAUCAGACAUACACCAUCUUUGACAAAGAAAAAUCCGAUCUGUGUGAGCUGAUUGAGGAACAAACAAAGAAAUUGACAGAAUCGAAUGCCAAGCAGGAGUCCCGUAAAGAGUGCCCGAUUUGCUGUUGGAAUUAUGACAACGAAGAUAGACUUCCCAGAGUAAUGGACUGCGGUCACACUAUGUGCCACACGUGUAUUAUCAGUACCAUCAACGAGUCCGAUACAGAACCAAUUUGCCCAUUUGACAGAGAGCCGAUGUUUGGACCCAUCACACUUGGCCCACUUGACCCAUACCAGCUCCCACAAAAUCGUUGUAUUAUGGAAUAAUUGAUUUAUUUAAAUUAUUUUUUAAAAUUUCAAUCCAGCUUUAUAUGUAUGUUUUUUAUAUUACGAGUUUUUAGGUAGGUUUUCGAUUAUUGUAGCUUUUAGAUUUUUUUAGUUUAUAUGUUUGAUUUGGAAUGUUUUAUAUUAUUUAUUGAUGCAUGUUUUAUUAUCGCCGAAUGUAUAUUUUUUUAUAAUAAAGGUAGAAUUGAAGAA